AUGACAUCCACUGGUUUAGUAUACAUGAUGACACCUGCAUUAGCUUGUUUUUAUGGUGGUUUAGUUGAAAGUAAAAAUUUUCUUAAUCAAUUAUUUUUAUCAAUUGUUUGUAUGGCUAUUAUUCCUGUUCAAUGGUGUUUAUUUGGUUAUUCAUUUACUUUUGGUCCAGGAAAUUCUGCAUUUGGUUCAUUUGAAUAUGCUCUAGAUAGUAAAGUAGGUCUUGUUAAUUUAUAUGGUGAAAAUGUCGACGAAAUAAAUCCAUUGGCUGUACCAUCAUUAACAUUUAGUGCUUUUCAAUGUGCAUUUGCAAUAAUUACACCAGCAUUAAUUAGUGGUGCUGUUGUAGGUCGUAUGAAACUAAUUCCUUAUAUGAUUUUUGUUUUUCUUUGGACAACAUUUUGUUAUGAUCCACUAGCAAGAUGGAUUUUUUUUAGUCAAGGUUGGCUUCAUCAAAUGGGUGUUAUUGAUUUUGCUGGAGGCUUAGUUGUUCAUAUGUCGAGUGGAAUAUCAGGAUUAGUUGCUGCAUUUAUUUUGGGAUCUCGUGCUCAAUUUGAUCCAGAUGUAGUCAAUUCCGGUCAAACAAACCUUCCAUUUACUAUUGUAGGUACGGGUCUGCUCUGGGUAGGGUGGAUGGGAUUCAAUGGCGGAUCAGCACUUUCUGCGACAGGUAAUGCUGCUUUGGCUAUUGUAAAUUCUAAUGUAGCUGCAGCAUCAAGUAUGACGAUUUGGAUUAUUUUGGAUAUUAUACAUGGUAAAUUCAGAGGGCAAAAUAAUGCUUUUGUAUCUAUUCCUGGUGUUUGUUCAGCAACUGUUGUUGGACUUGUCGUUAUAACACCAUGUGCUGCUUAUGUUCAACCAGGUUAUGCAAUUUUAAUUGGUUCAAUUGGUGGUGGUAUUGUUCAUUUAUUUUUGACUGGCAAAAAACAUUUUUUUCAUGUUGACGAUACUCUUGAUGUAUUUAGUUGUCAUGGUUUAGGUGGUUUUAUUGGAACUGUGAUGACUGGUUUAUUUAGUCAAACUGAUGUUAGUAGUGAUGUUAAAAAUGGUGCCUUCUAUGGUAAUCCUAUUCAAUUAGGUUAUCAAUUAUUGGGAAUAUUAAUAGUUACUGCUUAUUCAUCUGCAUGUACAAUAGCAAUUUUAUUACCAAUGCAUUUUACAAUGGGUAUACGUAUAAAUCGAUUAGAUCAAGUUCGUGGUUUAGAUAAUGUUGCACAUGGAGUCAUUGAUACAGAAGCAAUACAAAAACUUCCACCAAUAAAAGUACCACCAAUCAAACAAAAACCACAGGAUGCAAAUGCUGUAUCGAUAGUUACUAUUGAAUAG